GCUUGCCAUAUCCGCCUACGUUCAGGCCGAUCGUCCCUGGACAGUAAAGCUAUAAACAUGGCCAAUUUGCACCUCGAGCUGUGUUCUCCUGUAGUUCUAAACUGCUCUGGCUUUCCAACAGCUCCCAGAAAAUCUGAAUCUUUCGAUAAUAUCCAUUGUUGUUAUCAUCUAAGUUGAACAUUUACAUCUCACCAUGGCAGAGCACACCGAGGUGAACCGUCAAUACUUUGAGAAAUUGGCCAAGUCCUACAAAACCGAUUUUCAAAAGAUCCUGGAGGCAAUAUGCAGGCAGGUAGAUAGUCGCCGUUCCUGGAUCAGUGACACCUGGACCGACACAGAGGCCGGGAAUGGAAAGGAGAUCAAGAUGCUGGAGUAUGCAUGUGGGCCUGGUGCUGUCUCUUUGACAUUGGCACCCUUUGUUUCAAAGGUUGUUGGCUUGGAUAUCUCGGAAGGGAUGAUCGACGAGUACAACAAGAAUGCUCAGGAAGCGGGCUUCGGAGACAAGAUGACCGCGCUCAAGGGCGACCUCUUGGCCGAGACUGCUCCAGAGGAGCUCUCAGGGCCCGAGUACUUCGAUUUUGACAUCGUGGUGGUCAGCAUGGCUCUCCAUCACUUCGAGCGGCCGGAUCUGGCUAUGGCCCGCUUCUGCGAGCGGCUGAAGAAAGAUGGCGCGUGUCUUAUCGUUGAUAUUGUACCAGCCGACGACGAUCACCACCACCAUCACCACCACCAUCAUGGCCCUCAUAAGGUUGAGCAUGGUUUUGGCAACGCCGAGCACACGGUCAAAAGCCAUGGUUUCACCGAGGAGCAGAUGCGGCAGCUGUAUGAAGGCGCAGGGCUAACUGGCUUCAAGUAUGAGAUUAUGGACGAACAGGUUGUGUUCCAUAAGGAUGGGAAAGAGUUGAUCAAGACCCUCUUCAUUGUUCGUGGACAGCGAGCGUGAGAUGAAUGGAUUAUAACAUUUCUUUGUAAUAGGAGCUCAGAUGAAAAUUGAGCGCCUGCUAAUACCAUUUGAAGCAAAC